UAAAAAAAGACAAAGUAAGAGGCGACUGACGGCAGAAAGAACUGAAAGAUCUGAAAGGUCCUCUCGGCGGCACAAAGCGCUCACACCUUUAAAGCCCCGCUCCUGGACCUCGUCUGCUUUCGGACCCAGUACCAAGGCGACUGUGCCGAAGUGUGGAAGUUGGGAUCCGUCCACAGAGCGGAAAAUAUCCAGCUGAGCCUGCGCUGCUACUGCUAGCCACACGCUAAGCGGCACCACUAGCCCACUUAGCUAACUGGGACUGAGCUGUGAACUUGCUCUCAAGCAACGGGGGUGGAAAUUCAGUCACAAGCUCAGGCUCUGUGAAAAUCCAGGGACUUACUUAAUGAAUUAUGUCUGCCACAAGCAUUGACCCUCAGAGAUCAAAGGGACAAGCGUCUAAAGUGCAAAAUGGUUCAUUGCAUCAGAAAGAGACUGUCCAUGACAAUGACUUUGAGCCAUACCUCCCUGGUCAAUCAACUCAGAACAACAGCUACCAGUCCAUCACCGAUCCCUACAUUUCCAGCUAUUACGCCCCUUCAAUUGGAUUUCCGUACCCCCUCAGUGAAGCCCCCUGGUCCACAGGUGGAGACCCCCCUAUUCCGUACCUCACCCCCUAUGGACCCUUGAGUAAUGGAGACCAUCACUUCAUGCCGGACACGGUGUUCGGCCAGCCAGGGGGCCUUGGGAGCAGUAUCUACCCCCAUAGGUUUAACUUUUUCCCUGAAAACCCCGCCUUCUCUGCUUGGGGCACGAGUGGCUCUCAGGGCCAGCAGACUCAAAGUUCAGCUUACGGCGGCAGCUACAGCUAUCCUCCCAGCUCCCUGGGGGGCACUCUGGUGCCUGAUGGUCAGACGGGCUUUCACAGUGACACCCUGAACAAAGCCCCUGGUAUGAACAGCUUGGAGCAGGGGAUGGUCGGCCUGAAGAUCGGUGGGGACGUCACCGGUCAGGGGUCUGGAGUCAAGGCCGUGGGCUCCGUGAUCGGUGGGCCUGCGGUGGCAGCCACGGGAAAUGGAGCCACGCCCAUCGGAAUGCCCCCACCCAAACCCACCUCCUGGGCCGCCAUCGCCAGCAAACCCGCCAAGCCACAACAACUGAAAGCUAAGGUGAAGCCGGGGAUGCCCAACCCAGGCGGGGCUCUUCCCCCGCCCCCCAUUAAACACAACAUGAACAUAGGGACCUGGGACAAGGGCCCGGUCACGAAAGUAGCCACAGCGCCACUGCAGCAGCAGCAGCCGCCUCUCGGCCUGCCUCAUGGCAUGCCCCCUCAAGCCCCCAUGCAGCAAGGACCCAUGCAGCCACCUCCUCCCCAAUCUUUGGUGCAACCCCAGAUGCAACCUAUGGCCUUACAGCCCCAGCCCCCCCAUCACCAGCACCAUCAGCCGCCACCUCAACCCUACCAAAACCACACCCAGCCCCCACAACCCCAGACCCGCUGGGUUGCUCCUCGCAACCGCAACCAAGGCUACGGGCAGGGCGGCCUGUGUCACGAUGGCAGUGGUAUGAUGGGCAUGGUUGGUGGCGGAAACAACGGCCCCCAUGCGUCUGCCAACCAGGGACCGGGUAUGGAGUCCCACCCAGUGCUAGAAAAGCUGCGUGCCUCCCACAGCUACAACCCCAAGGACUUUGAAUGGAACCUGAAGAACGGGCGCGUCUUCAUCAUUAAGAGCUACUCCGAGGACGAUAUUCACCGCUCCAUCAAGUACUCCAUCUGGUGCAGCACAGAGCACGGCAACAAGCGGCUGGACUCGGCCUUCCGGGCCAUCAACGGUAAAGGUCCCGUGUACCUGCUGUUCAGCGUCAACGGUAGCGGGCAUUUCUGCGGCGUGGCGGAGAUGCGAUCACCAGUGGACUAUGGGACCAGCGCCGGCGUUUGGGCACAGGACAAGUGGAAGGGCAAGUUUGACGUGGACUGGUUGUUCGUCAAGGACGUGCCUAAUAGCCAGCUGCGCCACAUCCGUCUGGAGAACAACGACAACAAGCCAGUGACCAACUCCCGCGACACCCAGGAGGUUCCUCUGGAGAAGGCCAAGCAGGUGCUCAAGAUCAUCGCCACCUACAAACACACCACCUCCAUCUUUGAUGAUUUCUCCCAUUACGAGAAGAGGCAGGAGGAAGAGGAGGAGGUCCGCAAGACCUUCGAACCUCCUCAGAUACAGAACCGCUCCCGGUUGGAUCAGGAGCGCCAAAACAGGAAUAAACAAUAGAAGACAUUUAUCCUUGGCUUGAUCAACAGUUACACUAGGACUUGAUUUAAGAGACGGAAGAUUAUGAAAAUGCAACCAAGACCUUCUCUCUCUUUUUUUUUUUCUAUUUAAUCCCAGUGAAUCUCUGCCAUUGUCGACUUGUGCUUUUUUUUUUUUUCUUUUUUUCUUUUUGCCCCAUGUACCGCCACCACCACCACCACCACCACUUCUUGUGCAGGGAUAACGAGCUGAUUUAAUGUAUUACCUAGCUGCCGCCACACUCUUCAGUUCAGUCUUUUUUUCUUUUUUUUUCUUUUUUUUCUUUUUUUAAACAAAACUAUUUCCCUUCCCGUUCCAUCAUCUCUCUCACCAGACUGGUUUUUCUCUGUCUUGCCCUCAACUCCCUCCUCUUUCCAAUUGAAUCAGGGUUUGACUGCACCAUGGAGGAAAAAAAAACAAAAAAACAAAACCAACAAAAAAACCUGCCACUUUAUAUUUCAGUACAAUCAGGAACGGAUGUGUCCUGCCCCUAUUUGUCCAUUUGGGGGCAACAUUGCCAUGCUUCAGAGGUUUAACUGUGCCAACAGGGUUGGAGGAUCCCAAAGGCAAAGUCAAGACUUGGAACUGCGUGAUAAUAAAACUUCAGUGGUUUAUCUAUUUUUCAUUCAAAUCAACAAAAAUCUCUAUUUUUUGGCUUACUACUGACAAUUUUCAUUUCAGAGAAUCUGUUUUCUGGAGCCUUAACGUUUUCUUUUUUUCUUUUCUAAUUAUUGGUGACUUCUCAAAAGAACUGCUCAAAACAGUGACACUGCUGGAGAAAUCAGGGAUAGUGUGAAGUCACACGGGACUCGAGACAUUUCAGAGGACGAAUCGCAAAGGCCUCUGGGAAAGAAAUAAACGGAUGUGUCCUCCACAGCCAGAACUCUCACCAUUGAAAUCAAAAAUUGUACUAUUGACACCUUCCACACCCCUCUGCUUUGCUUUCUUUUGGAUGUUUGUCUCGAAGGAGUCUUUUCUGUGUUUCAACAGGAGAUUCUGUUUGCGCACACACAACCCAGUCUGAGAGAAUUGUUGCAUCCACCGUUUUAAAUUGCUUUAUCAGAAUUAUAUAGUGAUGUAACUGCUACAUUGAAUGAAUUGUUGCUUCGAGUUUUUUUUUUUUUUCUUUUCUGGUUUCGUUCCACAAAAAGGGGAGGGUUCACGUUUGUCCAUUCACCGUCAUUCUGUCUUAAUCCUCUUGUUUUUCUGUUUUUGUUUUCCUUGAAUUUGGUUUUGCUAAGUCUAUCAUGUUGGUCGUAAUGCUAAGCUUUAACGUAGGAGCCUAUAUAUUCAUGGAGAAAGCCUAAAAAUGUAUAACCUAAAAAUUAAUGUAACUGAUUUAAUAUCGAGUAAGAAAAAAAUAUGAAUGAAAUGUGGUUUCUGUGUGUUUUUUGGUUGUUGCAACUAUAGUUUGUUCUAGACUGAAACCAUUGAUUCUGAUACAGUAAAAAGUACUUUGAGAUGUUAGCAGAGAAAAAAAAAAAGAUUUGGUUAUUUAACGAAAAAAAAAAAAGGAUAAAGUCUUUAAUAGAUGUGAGUGGCCAUGCAUGGUGAAAUGAUUCUCCUCCCUGCGGUUUGUCUUUCAGGUGGAGCGCCGUUGUUUAGUUCCCCGCUAUAAAAGCAAUGUGACGUUCAGAGUCAGAAAUCAGAUCAUUUGUUGUUGAGAUCAGCAGGUUUUCUCCUCUUGGCAAGUGUUGAGGUCGUCCCUUCCGUGUUUUGUGGAUGCAGAGAUGAAUGCUGCUAACAGACAUGGCUGCCUCUUUCAAUUUUAAGGUGUUCUUUUUUUUUUUUUCCUUAUUCCUCUCCCAGUAAGAGUUUUAAUUUGAUGCGGCCUACUAAAAAGCAAAUUCCAGUUGAGUUUUGUUUGGAUGAUUUAAAUUGAAACAGAUGAUAGUGUCACUCCUGUUCUAGAUAACGUGGCCCGGACAGUCAGUUCUUUGUAUUGUGUGAAAGAAAAUGUAUUCGCCAUUGAAUCUGUCGCCCCAAUCUGACACUGAAAUUGAGAAAUGCUGCACUUUGUGGAGGUUGGUCGAGUGAGGAUGAACUGUACGCGUGAAGCAGCUGUGUGUUUUCACCUGGCCUGUGUGUGUGUGUACACACACGCACACUCUCCUCCCUCUACAAUCUAAAGAACUGACCUCUAAAGCUACAGCCUUUCUUCUUCGUCUCCUUUUUACCUGCACUAAUCAAUAGCUAGGUUGAUCCAAGCAAUACGGUGAACGCCCUUCACACGUUUGCCUUCACCGCUGCCGCCGCCGCCGCCACUCUGUCGGGGGGAGGUGAGAAGCCGAAGGAUGUCACCGAAGACUUGUGUCGCAGCCACGGCCGACUCUGUCUCAGGGAGCAUGACGUGGUGUGAUUGUAGUUCAGGGCUUUUACGUGCACGUUAACGAUGACCGAGGGUGUGUGCUGCAAGAGCGAUGUCGGGUUUAGCCAUGAAAGUAUAUUUAUCAACUCCAC